CCGCCGCUGUCAUGGACUCCUGGGUCCGCUUCAGCGCGCAGAGCCAGGCCCGCGAGCGGCUGUGCAGGGCCGCGCAGUAUGCCUGCUGCCUUCUUGGCCACGCGCUGCAGAAACACGGGGCCAGUCCUGAGUUGCAGAAACAGAUUCGUCAACUGGAGGGUCAUCUGAGCCUAGGAAGAAAGCUUCUGCGCCUGGGUAAUUCAGCAGAUGCCCUUGAGUCAGCCAAGCGAGCGGUGCACCUGUCAGACGUUGUCCUGAGAUUCUGCAUCACCGUUAGUCACCUCAACCGAGCCUUGUACUUCGCCUGUGACAAUGUUCUGUGGGCUGGAAAGUCUGGAUUAGCGCCUCGUGUGGAUCAGGAGAAGUGGGCUCAGCGUUCAUUCAGGUACUACCUGUUCUCCCUCAUUAUGAAUUUGAGCCGUGACGCUUACGAGAUUCGCCUACUGAUGGAGCAAGAGUCUUCAGCUUGUAGCAGGCGACUGAAGGGUUCUGGAGGAGGAAUCCCAGGAAUUGAAAAUGGGGAGCCUGGGGGUCCAGGAACUCCAGGAGGAGGCCUGCCUCAGCUGGCUCUGAAGCUUCGACUCCGACUCCUGCUCCUGGCUCGGGUCCUUCGGAGCCACCCCCCUCUUCUCCUGGAUGUGGUCAGAAAUGCCUGCGAUCUCUGUAUUCCACUGGACAAACUAGGCCUCUGGCGCUGUGGUCCUGGGAUCGUGGGGCUCUGCGGCCUCGUGUCCUCUAUCCUGUCUAUUCUCACUUUAAUCUGCCCUUGGCUACGACUCAAGCCCUGAUAUUCUGGCACAGGAUAAGGAGGGAACCUGAAUUGGUGAGAUGGACUCUUAGAUCAUCCCCAUCAUAUCACCCUCAUUCUGCUUCUACUCCUUGGUCAAAGUUACAAUCCAGAGAUGAAGGGUUACGGGUGGAUGAGGUGAGGAAAGGUGACUUGUGAAGUUGAUUCUAAUGUUCAAAUCUGCCAGAGCUUUUGUCCUCUUCUUCCUUCAUUACAUUGUCUGUGUCUCACUAACUCUUUUUCAUCGUCUCUCCUACAUCUAUUUAAGAUUCUGUUUCUGCAUCUCUCCCCCUGCUUCGUUCUCUGUCUGAGGAAUUUAAUCGGCAGAAUUACUUUUUAGUAAGGGAGACAGAAGCUGUGAGCUGUAGCCUCUAAACGCCUUCUUUUCCUCACAAAGGUGACGUGUGGCAAACAUGACCCCCUUCAAACUCCAUAUCAUAAUUUUAAAGACUUUGUGUCCAGUGGACUCUUCCCUCAUGCACCAAAGGCGGUUUGAUGCUUCCUCUUCCCUCCUCGUGUCUACCUCACCAACCCCUCCCUCCUGACUUGGCCCCUAACCUCCCUCCACUCAUCCCUGCAGAUUUCCGCUUACACUUCGAUUUCAGGACUCCGUUCCCUAGUCUCUUCUUACCCCCUCUUUGCCUAUCCAGAGUGAUGCUGUGUCUAGCAUCUUGCUGUAAAUAUUGUACAAUGAUUCUGUGUAAAUAGCUGUGGCACAUGCCCAAAAUGUAGAGAAACCUCCGGGGUCAGCAAAUUAAAGAUCAAUUUGCUCACUGAUGUUUUG